GAUAUUGCCUCAGACGGAUAGACGCUACGUCGUUGUCGGGUUAGUUUACAUUUUCGCCCUGCGGGCAGAAAAUUAAAAAAAAUAGAAAACAAAUUCCAUUGUCUGACCGUCUCUCCGCUAAGUUAGAGUUUGGUUAGCUAUUAUAUUUUCCUUUGUUGAGUAAAUUUUUGCAAAGGAAACAUGUUAGCUACUACACGAGAAAAGAGAGUAAAUGCAGGAAAUCGUAUGGCUACAUUGUUAGAGAAUGAAGAAGCAGAUGAAUUUUAUUCAAGUGCCUAUGGUGGAUUUCAAGAUGAAGCUGAGGAUGUGGAAUAUUCAGAAGAAGAUGAAGAAAGUGAAGAUACUGAUUCUGAUAUUUCCUUGGAUGAAAAAGAUGAACCAGUAUCUGAUCCUGAAGAAGAAGAAAAAGCAAAACGCAAAAACAGGGUUGUUACGAAAGCUUAUAAAGAACCCCAAAAAAUGAAAGUAAAAAAAGAAGCAAAGAAAGUGGCAUUUAAAAUGGAACCAGUUGCAAGUGCUUCAACCCCAGUUGUUGAAAAGAAACAAAUGCGUGAAUCAACCACUCUCAAGUCCCUUGAAGCAAAGCAAAGAACCCAAGCAAAGGAAAAUAAAAAAAGUCAAGAAAGUAAGAAAAAACAACCAGAAAACUAUCCUUUGACACAAGAACAGCUUUUAGAAGAAGCUAAAAUAACUGAAUUGAAGAAUUUGAAAUCUUUAGAAAUGUUUCAGCGUUUGGAACUUGAGAAGAAGAAAACAAAAUUAGCUAAACAUGCUUGCACUGAACCCAUGAUACGCUAUCACUCCGUAGCUAUGCCUCUUGUUGAAGUGGUAGAAGAUGAAAACAAGGAACAAGAAAACAAGGUAGUGGGACGUUGUACUAGAAAUUUUAUUACCUUCCCAGAUGAAAAUACCAUGAAAGAAUAUUUCAAUUUUGAAAAACCUAAGCCUGCAACUAAAAGCUCAUGCAUUGUCACACGCAUGCCUGCAAGAUAUUUUGAUCCUUUGACAAAACAACCAUCAGCAAAUCUUACUGCAUUUCGAAUUAUUCGUGAAGCUUAUUAUACUCAGUUAGAGAAGAAAGUCGAUUCUCGACUUCCUCAUGUUGCAAAAUGGUUAGAAUGGAGAAAACAGAUGAAAGCAGCAAAGCAAAGCAACAAAAAUAUUAAAACACAUUAAAAUGUUUUUAAACCGGUGCUCUGAAUAUAUAAGAUGAGUAUAUAUUUAUAAUAAUACAUGUAUGUGUUUGUUUAUCAUUAAAUAUGAUUGUUUAUAUUGCUAAGUUGUUUUUUUUUUAAUCAAAAUAACUCCACCAGCAUUUAAAAAAAGCGAAUAUAAGAUUUAUAUGUAACAUUGUGAUAAUAUAUACAAAAUGAGAUUUUUCUAAAAUGUCAUGCUGGACCCCCAGUAGUUUGAUAUAAAAUGAAAGAUAUAUUCAAAUAUCAAGUUGUACAAGUUGUGUAAGCAAUUUUUUUCAAAAGUAAUGUUCAGAACUUUAUAAUGUUAAUAAAAUUUUAUUACCUUCCACCUACUUAUAUGCAUAGGUUAAGGAGGUAAUGUUUUUGGUCAAAAAUUUUGAUAGUGAAUUUUAAAUUAAAAAGGCAUAAACUAGGGUUCUCUUAAUGUUUUACUAUUUGUAGAAUGAUGUUUAUGUGUAUGUGGGUGACAAUUUUUUUGUUCACAUAUAAAACUUUCAGAAAUUUUCAUUUUCCAUAUUUAAGCUUUCUGCAUUUAUAUAUAAAGUUGAUUAGAUUUUGAAUAAAAUUGAAUAACUGAAAGUAGUACUUUAUAUGAAGCCCAUAACAGUUUUUAAAGGACAACCAGAAGUGGUAUCUUAGUCGAGGCCCAUAUACAUUUUAAUGGAAAACUAUAUUAAAAUAUAAACGAAAAUGUUCCAAUUCUAACAUUUAAAACUUUUAUAUAAAGGGGAACAACAUAUUAGAUUUUGACUUAAAAAGUAAUAUACUGAAAGUGAUACUUUACUUGAAGCUCUGAACAGAUUUUCAUGUAUAUAAUAUAUGUAUUUCAUGUAUAACACAUUAUAUUUAUAAGCAUUAAAUAUAUUAUUGGAAUUAUGGCAUAUUCAAAAAGAAUAAGCUCAUUAUGAAAGUGAACUUUUAUUAUAAAACAAUUAAAUGUACUGGCAUCUUAAUUUUGUAUCUUUUUCACUUGUGUCGAAUCACUUCAAAUAAAAGGAUGAUGCUCCCUAAUGUUA